AUGGCAUCAGCUGCUAAAGAAAAGAGAAUUAAAAAAAAAGAAAAAGAGGAACAAAUAUAAAGUAAAUCAUAAGGAAAUUUUCACAAUUUAGAAUUAUUAUGUAAAGCAGAUGACAAAUAAAAAAAAACACUGUAAAAAAUAAUCAAAUAAAAACCUGAUCUUGCAAAAAGCUUAAAUAUUUAUGCAGAUGGAGUCAAAUAUUAUAUAGCACGUUAGUAAUAGAGAGAUAAAUUACUAGCUGGAAAAGAAUCUCCUUUAGCUGAUGUUACAGAGGAGUAAGUAUUAAUACCUGUUUUACCCUCUAUUUCAAAUCGUUAAAUACUUAGAUAAUUUAAACAAGACCCAUUAAAUCAAAAAAAACUAUCAGAAAGCUUAGAAAAAGCAAAUAAAAGAUAGUAUCAUUAGAAUAAUUACACCCCUUUUGCAAAUCGAUAAAAAGUUAACAUAAUUUAAUCUUAAAAUCCUCCCUUAAAAAUAAACAGAGAAAAAGAGUUGCCAAAACUAAAAGUAAAGAAAUAAAAUCUUACAUAGUUUAAUUAUUAUAUAGGACCUGGAAAUAAUGGGGAAUUAGUAAAACGUAUUUUAUAGAAAAGAGAAUAAUUUUGGAGUGCUGUACCAUAAUAAUUUCAAUAUAAGCAUUUUAUAUGGUAAUAAUCCUACUUUGGUAUGGAUUUUAGUAGACUAUCAGCUUCUGAUAGCUUAUUCACAAGAAUGAUGUAUAACUUUUUUGAGUUCCACAAAAAUAUCACAUCUAAAUCUGGUAUAAAAAUAUAUUCAUAAACAUAGGUUUAUCAAUAUCUUUACUGUAAUACUAUAAUAAUAUAGAAAAAACAUUUGAUAUCAUUCCAUUAGUGUUUAUAUUAAAUUUUAAGAAUUCAGAUUGGAUGAAAGAUGUACAAUAAUUUACUGAAUUUUAUUGUAAUAAUAAUCCAUUACCUUAAACAUCAAUGAAAAUUAAUUUAGAUUUUGAUUUUUAUGUAUCCAAUCUUCCUGCAAAUAAAGUAAAUUAUAAUGGAAUCAAAACCUAUAAAAUGCAAGAAACUUUAACAAAUAAGACUCAAUAUUUAUGGUUACUUAAGCCUGCAGAUUGGAAUAGAGGAGAAGGAGUCCAUGUUUUUAAUACAUUAGAGGAAGUUGAAACAUUAAUCAAAUCAUAUUAUUAUGGAAAGGGUAAUUAUGAAUGCAAAGAAUUUGUGAUAUAGAAAUAUAUUGAAAGACCUUUGUUAUUGGGAGGAAGGAAAUUUGAUAUAAGAUGUUGGGUAUUGAUAACUCAUGAAAUGCAUUACUUUAUAUUUAAAGAAGCAUAUAUAAGAACAAGUGGAACAACAUUUUCUUUAGAGAAUGUAUAAUUAAAUUAUAACAUAUUAGAAAGAUAGAUAUAUUCAUUUGACAAACAAUGCUGUUUAAAAAAAUGCUUAAAAUUAUGGAUAAUUUGAAGAUGGAAAUUAAUUAUCCUUAAAACGAUUUUAGAAACAAUUAGAGUAAGAUAUAGAUGACAAUAAAUAGUUAAUAAGAAACUAAAUAUGAUUUUAGAAAGGAUGGAUGGCCUAAGAUAAAGGAGAUUGUGAAACUUACUUUGAAUUCAACUAAAUUAAAUAAGAGAAAUAGAAAAUAUGGGAUGCAAAUAUUGGGUUAUGAUUUUAUGAUUGAUGAAAACUUAAAGUUAUGGCUCAUUGAGGUUAAUGCUAAUCCUUGUAUUGAGGAAAGUUCAAAUUUAUUGAAAAUGUUGAUUCCAAGAAUGUUAGAUGAUGCUUUUAGACUUACUAUAGAUAAGGUUUUUACUUCAGAUGUAGAUUUUGGGAUACAAUAACCAAAAUUUAAAGUAGAUGAAUAUGAUGAUUAAGAGAAUAUGUGGGAAUAAUUAGGAGUUUGUGGAUGA